AUGGCAGAACUUCCACCCGACUACCACGUCAGAAAGGACGCUUACACUCCUACGGUAUAUCGCCAACCGUAUCCGUCGAUCGAUCCAACGUCGCCUGCUCUGUCGCAGGCAGGCAAGGUGAUUAUCAUCACAGGGGCCUCGUCCGGGAUAGGAGCUCGAGGAUUUGGACCUUGCUUUGCAAAAGCUGGUCCUAAGGCUCUUGUGCUGGUGUCCAAUGACUACGACCAACUGAUCAAGACAGAACAAACCCUAAAGCAAAUAAACCCCGACGUGGAAUAUCUGUCCAUUGAAACCGAAAUCACGUCUCCAAGCUCCAUCGACCAACUGUUUGCCACUGUCAAAGCCAAGUACGGCCACGCGGAUGUGCUGGUGAAUAACGCCGGCGUCUUUGGGCCGAUGGCGCUCAUUGGUGAGACCGACGCAGACAAGUGGUGGUACGACUUCGAGGUUAACGUCAAGGGCACCUACUUGAUCACCAGGGGAUUUUUAUCCCUACUGGGUCGCGAGAAGCAGGGCACCGUAAUCAGCAUGUCGACUGGCCUGGCCGUCUAUAUUGAUCCGACCUCGUCAUCUUACUCAAUCUCCAAGUUAGCAGUGGCUCGAUUCUCCGAGUACCUGGACGCUGAGUACCCCAAUGUCACUGCGGUGUCGAUACAGCCCGGCGUGGUUCAGACGGGAAUGGUCAUAGAUCGGCAUAAACGCUUUGCUCUUGACUCUCCUGAACUCGUUGGAGGCGCGGGCGUUUGGCUGGCGACAGACGCUGCCAAGUUCCUGUCUGGGAGGUUCAUCUCGGCGAACUGGUCUGUCGAUGAGCUGGUUCAGAAGAAGGACACGAUCCUGGCGGGAAACGACCUCAAGAUUGGUUACGAAGGGUUCCUGUCUCUAGUCGCCGUCAUGGGGCGAAAAUACAAUUGGUUCUGCGUCGCCGUCGCGGGAAUGGGCAGCAUGUUGUACGGAUGCGACAACGUGGUCAUCGCCGGCACGUUUGCGCAGCCCGGAUUCCUUGCCAGAUUCAAGCCCUCCCCGACCUUGCUGGGUGCAAUUGUCGCCGCCUUCUAUGGUGGCACAAUGCUAGGGAUCAUCGUCGUCUUCCUCUUCGUCGACAAGCUCAGUCGCAGGCGCACUCUCCAGGCCGGCGCAGGGCUGGGAUUGGUCGGGGCAAUCAUGCAGACAGCUUCGUACCAGAUCCAGCUCUUUGCCGUUGCCCGAGUUCUAGCUGGCAUUGCCUCAGGCAUGAUGUUCACCACGGUUCAGGUCUACCAGUCGGAAAUCUCCCCGCCAGAAAUCCGGGGCCGAAUGUCCACCAUACAGAUGUUGACCAUGAACAUCACUGGCCUCGUCAUCGCAUUUACGGGAUAUGGAACCUAUCAUCUGAACAAUCCGGAAGCACAAUGGCGGGUCCCGAUUUCCCUGCAGUGCGUUCCUGCGCUGGGACUGCUGAUUGGAUGUCAAUUUAUCCCCUAUUCUCCUCGAUGGCUUGUCAUGAGAGGCCGAAAUGAAGAAGCCCGCAACGUGCUCAAGAGGCUGCACGACGACAGGGGAGACCACUUCUGGGAGAAAGAGUACACGCAGCUGGUGUCCCAGCUGGAGAUUGAACGGCAGGAGACCGAGGGAGCUUCCUUCUUCCAUAUCUUCACCAACAGGAAGGAGUUAUUCCGGGCGUCCCUCGCCAUCGUUGUCUUGACAGCUUGCCAGACCUGCGGUGCCCAGACGAUCCUCGUGUUCCAGUCUGUCAUCUACUCCAGUUUAGGCUUCAGCACGUCGCUGGUGCUACUGAUGGCAUGUGUUUUCCAAGCCAUCGUCAACUUAGGCGGCUUCUUCAACAUGGUUGCCAUCGACAGAUAUGGCAGACGCCCGUUGAUGUUGUCAGGGCUGGUUCUCCUCAGCAUCUUUCUCGGCUUGUUUGCCUUGUGCCUCGCCAAGUUUGAGUCUACCAACAACCCUGCAUGGGGAAAGGCUGGCAUCUCUAUGGUUAUGAUCUUUAUCUUUAUCUACGGUUGCACCUGGGUGUCAACAGGCUUUGCGUACGCCGCCGAAGUUCAACCCACCAAGAUUCGGGCUCAGGGUAUGGCACUCGGCAUGUUUUCGUCGUUCGCAUGGGUCAUCAUCUACGGCCAAGUCACACCCAUCGCAUACACGGCCGUCAAAUGGAAGUUUCUCUUUCUGUGGGUCGGCUUCAACUUGUUUUUUCUCCCCAUCAUUUAUUUCUUCUGCAAAGAGACCAAGGGCCUUACACUGGAAGAGAUGAAUGCGAUCUUUGGCGAAGUGGUCUCACGCAGGCUGGACGAAAUCACCAUUGAAGAGGCAGAAGACAAGGCCACAGGCAUAGCGACGACCGAGACAGCAGAAUUUGUCAAUGUGACUAACAGCAAGGAAACGUGA